AAAAAAAAUCUCGUCUGACUAAAAACCCCAGUAAAACCUCAGCUCUCAUCGACAGCCAUAGCUACAAGAUAAAGUUUUACCAGUAUAUACUCCCUUCGCUUUUCUGGGGUUUUUCAGUAUUUUCUUUUCUUUCUCUUUAUCCUAAAAAUGGCAGCUUUGUCUCUUCACAAUUUGAAUCAUUUCAGUUCAAUUCUCUUCCCUUCUUCUCCUUCUCCUUCUCCCUCUUCUUCUUUGAAUUCGGGUUUUGCUUUGAGCAGUGGAGGAAGCCUCAAGAGAGGGAAGUUCUUGGUGCUAUUGUCAACUCACUCUAAUCCCAAAAUUCUCAAGUCUAAUAAGAAGUCAAGGUACGGUCAAACGAUUAAUCCUUAUGAUACUGAGGAGGACGAGGAGGGGGAAGAAGAUGAAGAAUUUGAUGAAGACGAUGACAUGGCUGGAGAUGAUUGGUUGAUGAAUGAUGACUUUGCUGAAACUCAUGAAUUCAAUGUUAAUGGCAAGAAAUUUAAAUCACAGAAGGGAAGCGGUAAAGAAGGGAACCAAAGACCGCAUGAGCAACGCCAGGGAUCGAAAGGAUUGAAAUUGAGACAAGGUCUUAUUGUUGCUGAAGACAGAAUUGAUGUCAGAAAUGGUAAUAAUGUUCUGAAGAAGAGCAGUGUAGGAAAGUUUUAUUAUGCUUCUAACCAAAUGAAGGAAGUUGGUUCCUUUUGUAAAGAUGGAGGAGGAAAGCUGGUGUUGAAGACAUCUAGAGAAAACAGAUAUCAACGGCUGGCAGAUGAAAUUGAUUUCGAUGAAAAAUGGUUCCCUCUUCUCAAUUACCUACGUACUUUUGGGCUUAAAGAAUCACAUUUUAUCCAAAUGUAUGAGAGACACAUGCCUUCUCUCCAAAUCAAUGUGUGUUCUGCUCAGGAAAGGUUGGACUACUUGUUGAGUGUAGGUGUGAAGCAGAGAGACAUUAGAAGAAUACUUCUGAGACAACCACAGAUUCUAGAAUACACUGUGGAGAACAACUUGAAGUCCCAUGUUGCUUUUUUAAUGGGUCUGGGGAUUCCAAAUUCCAGAAUAGGGCAGAUAAUUGCUUCUGCACCUUCUCUGUUUUCAUAUAGUGUUGAAAAUUCAUUAAAACCCACAGUGAGAUAUUUGAUUGAGGAGGUUGGUAUUAAAGAAAAUGAUUUAGGUAAAGUUGUGCAGCUGAGCCCUCAGAUUCUAGUUCAACGGAUUGACAUAUCAUGGAAUACUCGCUAUAUGUUUCUCUCAAAGGAGUUAGGAGCACCCAGAGAUAGUAUUGUGAAGAUGGUAAGAAAACAUCCCCAGCUUCUUCAUUACAGCAUUGAUGGCGGAUUACUGCCCAGGAUAAAUUUCCUAAGAAGCAUUGGGAUGCGUAAUUCUGAUAUCUUAAAAGUCUUGACUAGUCUUACACAGGUGUUAUCUCUGUCUCUGGAAGACAAUCUAAAGCCUAAAUACAUGUACUUGGUCAAUGAGCUUAAUAAUGAGGUGCACUCCUUGACUAAAUAUCCUAUGUACUUGAGCUUAUCAUUGGAUCAGAGAAUUCGACCCCGCCACCGGUUCUUGGUUUCCCUAAAGAAGGCUCCAAAGGGGCCAUUUCCUCUCGGUUCAUUGGUUCCAACUGAUGAAUGCUUUUGCCAGCAGUGGGCUGGAACUAGUUUAGAUAAAUAUUUGGCAUUUCGUCAGAGGUUGCUACUCAAGGAGUUCGCAAAGAAAUAUGAAAAGCAUUGAUAAAAUGCUUCAAAAGCUUCCUUUACUAGUAAUGGAAUUCCUGUACCAGAUUGGUCUCUAAUCAACUUCAAGCAAUCUAAUAUCCUAGUUCUCUGAAACUACUCAGAGGUUUUGGAAUGAUGCUCUGACUACAUAUGCCAUACUGCUGAGGGGGUUUGUGGGAAAUCUGAAAGCGAGGUUGACCUGAAAUUCUGUCUACUUCACUAACAUGGGAAUCAGAGCUACGGAUUGGUCUCUUCAUAUGGUUCAAGAAGUCUAAUAUGCUAGUUUUUCCUGAAAUUAUUUAGGAGGUUUUGAAGUGAAAUUCAGAUUAUAAGUUCAACAAGCCUUUGCCGUUGCUUCAGUGUUGCAUAGGCAUAUGACAAUAACACUCUUGGUCCAAGGCAUGUAGAUGAGAGUACUUUACUAACUUCUGGUGACUGAAAAUGAAAGUGACCUCGAGGAGAACCCUGUAAAUUUAAGGUUGACAUCCUGACUGUAAUCAAGAGAACAAGUUGCAGUUAUACAAUUGAUACUACUACAGAUUUUCUUUUUUACUUUCUAUUACAUUUUAUGAAUGAUAACAGUACACUUGCCAUUUCCUCACCCCCCCCCCCCCCCCCCCCUCGUGCUCUUCUUAUUGCAAACAUCUAUCCCCGUACUCCACUAUGAUGGGAUGAGUGAAUGAGUUAAUUGUAUCAGCAUCCUGUAAAACAUACAUAUCAAUCAUUUUUUCCCUACUGAAAUCUUUUAAGAUUCAUUUUCUUUUCUUACUUCCUUGUAACAUGUAUCAUUGAAUCGAUCUCCUUUAUGUAUUUCAGCCUGAUGUGGGUAAACCAGGGUGGAUUCGGAAAGUGGUUCAUUAGUUAAAGUACACUGCAAAUUCA